CUCCAAUGUUUACAAACACAAUAGUCUGCUUAACGUUUUCUCCGGUAGUUAUCCAGUUUUCUGAAUAAAAGUGGGUUUAAAUCUAAAAACACGAUGCCAAUUUCAUCGAAGGUUGAUUUGGCGGAAGUUUUCUUUAACGAAGAGGACCUCCCGUACGAGGAAGAGAUUCUUCGGAAUGCUUACUCCGUCAAGCACUGGAUGCGAUACGUGGAGCACAAGCGGAACGCACCGAAGUUUGUCAUCAACACGGUAUUCGAGCGCGCACUGAAAGAACUGCCUGGUUCAUACAAGCUGUGGUAUAACUAUCUCAAAACGCUCAGGAGACAAACCAAGGGAAAAUGUAUCAACGACCCGGAGUACGAGGAGGUGAACAACGCAUUCGAGAGGUCGCUUGUGUUCAUGCACAAGAUGCCCCGGAUUUGGAUGGAUUACUGCACCUUCAUGAUCGGCCAGUGUCGGAUAACGAGAACCAGGCAGAUCUUCGACAGAGCGCUGAGAGCUUUGCCGGUUACGCAGCAUCAGAGGAUUUGGCCGUUGUAUUUGGACUUUUUGCGAAAGUUCGACAUUCCCGAGACGGCCGUGCGCGUUUGGAGGAGAUAUUUAAAACUGUGCCCGGAAGAUGCGGAAGAAUAUGUGGAGUUCUUGAUUUCGAUUGGCCACUUGGAUGAGGCAGCCCAGCAGUUGGCCAGUAUUGUGGAUAAUGAGAACUUCUUUUCGAAGCAUGGCAAAUCCAAUCAUCAACUGUGGAACGAAUUGUGUGAGUUGAUUUCGAAGAAUCCGGACAAGGUACACUCGCUGAAUGUUGAUGCCAUCAUUCGGGGAGGGCUGAGAAGGUACACCGAUCAGCUGGGUCAUCUGUGGAACUCGCUGGCGGAUUAUUACGUGAGGAGUGGCUUGUUCGAUAGAGCACGGGAUGUGUACGAGGAGGCAAUUCAGACCGUUACUACAGUCCGUGAUUUCAGCCAAGUGUUCGAUGCGUAUGCUCAGUUUGAGGAACUGAGUUUGAGCAAAGUCAUGGAAGAGAUGGCUAGGAAUCCAUCGGAGGAUGAGGAACUCAAUGUUGAGCUGCUGAUGGCUCGGUUUGAGUAUCUGAUGGAACGUCGAUUGCUGCUGUUGAAUAGUGUCCUGCUGAGACAGAAUCCGCAUAACGUGGCCGAGUGGCAUAAGCGUGUGGAGCUGUAUGAAGGAAAGCCUCACGAAAUAAUCAACACUUUUACCGAAGCCGUUCACACCGUUCAGCCCAAGCUGGCGGUUGGAAAGCUGUACACUUUGUGGGUGGAAUUCGCCAAAUUUUACGAGAAGAACAAACAGUUGAGUGACGCUCGCAUUGUAUUCGAGAAAGCGGUCCAGGUUGACUUCCUCAAGGUAGACGAGUUGGCGAGCGUUUGGUGCGAAUGGGCGGAGAUGGAAAUCCGUGAGGAGAAUUUUGAAGAAGCUCUAAAAAUUAUGCAGCGCGCCACUGCCAUGCCUAAACGAAAGGUAGCCUAUCACGACGAUACCGAGACGGUGCAAAUGCGUGUCUAUAAAUCGCUCAAACUGUGGUCCAUGUAUGCCGAUCUGGAGGAAUCCUUCGGAACGUUCCAAACGUGCAAGCAAGUCUACGAUCGAAUAAUCGAUCUGAAAAUCUGCACCCCUCAAAUCAUUAUAAAUUACGGUUUGUUUUUGGAAGAGCACAAUUACUUCGAGGAAGCUUUCAAAGCUUACGAAAAGGGCAUUUCUUUGUUCAAGUGGCCAAAUGUGUACGACAUCUGGAACACCUAUCUAACGAAAUUCCUCAAACGAUACGGUGGGCAAAAACUUGAGCGCGCUCGUGACCUCUUCGAGCAAUGCCUGGACGGUUGCCCACCGGAGCUGGCCAAGAAUCUAUAUCUGCUGUACGCUAAACUCGAGGAGGAUCAUGGCCUGGCGCGACACGCAAUGGCCGUGUACGAACGUGCGACCACUGCCGUCAAGGAGGACGAAACGUUUGCCAUGUUCAAUCUGUACAUUAAGAAGGCAGCCGAAAUAUACGGAAUUCCCCGAACACGCGAAAUCUACGAGAAGGCAAUCGAAGUUCUAUCGGAGGCUCAAUCACGCCAGAUGUGCAUGCUGUUCGCCGAGAUGGAAACCAAACUCGGUGAGAUCGAUCGGGCAAGAGCCAUCUAUGCGCACUGCAGUCAAAUGUGCGAUCCCCGCAUAACGGCCGAGUUUUGGCAAACAUGGAAAGAGUUCGAGGUGCGCCACGGAAACGAGGAUACCAUGAGGGAAAUGCUUCGGAUCAAGCGUUCCAUCCAGGCCACCUACAACACCCAGAUCAACAUGAUGUCGGCAACGCUGAUCAACUCAACGGUCACCGGGGCGGGAUCGGAACCGAGGGAUGCGAUGCGAGCGUUGGAAGCGAAGGCGGCGGAAACGUCGGCGCGGGCAAUAGCUGCUGUGGGCGCGAGUGGUGGCAACAUCAUGUUUGUCAGAGGCGAAACGCAAGGGGGCUCGAAGAAGGCCGAUAAAGUGGUUAAUCCGGACGAGAUUGACAUUGAUGAGGACGAUGAUGAUGAUGAUGAGGAUGAGGAUGAAGCAAAUGGUGCCGAAGAAGCUGGCGAAGAGGAUAUCAGCAAGAAGAUGCCGGUGCAGAAGCAAGCUGUUCCAGCGAAGGUGUUCGGUAGUCUGAGAAGAGAAGAAGAAGAAGAUGAUGAAUAAAUAUUUGAUAAUCAA